AUGAAAUAUGAUAAUGGCUCAUCAAAUGUGGUGAAUCCAGAAGGUCACACAUUCAAGACUUUACCCAGAUCUUCACUGACUGUGACUCCAAACAGUCCAGUAUUCACUGGAGAGAGAGUGAGUCUGAAGUGUGAGAUAAACUCUGAUCACAGUGACUGGAGAUAUGAGUGGUAUAAAGGCAGCACUAAAGUGUCUGAGCAUCACACUGUAAACAGAAACACGCUCACUAUUGAACGAUCUGAAACAUCUGAUGCGGGUCGGUACACGUGUAAAGGACACAUAGAUGGAAGAUCAGUCUCAUCACAAUCAAGCUCUGCUCUUUCUCUCUCAGUGAAGGAUUUACCCACAUCUUCACUGACUGUGACUCCAAACAGUCCAGUAUUCACUGGAGAGAGAGUGAGUCUGAAGUGUGAGAUAAACUCUGAUCACAGUGACUGGAGAUAUGAGUGGUAUAAAUACAGCACUAAAGUGUCUAAACGUCACACUGUAAACAGAAACACUCUCACUGUUGAACGAUCUGAAUCAUCUGAUGCGGGUCAGUACACGUGUAGAGGACACAUAGAUGGAAGAUCAGUCUCAUCACACUCAAGCUCUGUUUAUCUCUCAGUGAAGGAUUCACCCAGAUCUACACUGAUUGUGACACCAGACAGUCCUGUAUUCACUGGAGAGACAGUCAAUCUGAAGUGUGUGAUUGAGUCUUACAGUGACUGGAGAUAUGAGUGGUAUGAAGGCACAGACAGUGUAAUGUUACAGACGUCUGAGCGUUACACUGUAAACAGAGACACUCUCACUAUCAGAGGAGCUACUGAGUCUGAUCAGGAUCAGUACUGGUGUAGAGGACAGAGAGACGAAAGACCAAAAUCAUCACAAUCAAGCUCUGCUGUUUCUCUCACUGUGACGGAUUUACCCAGAUCUUCACUGAUUGUGACACCAGACAGUCCUGUAUUCACUGGAGACACAGUCAAUCUGACGUGUAAGAUUGAGUCUCACAGUAACUGGAGAUAUGAGUGGUAUAAAGGCGGAAACAACAGUGUAAUGUUACAGACGUCUGAGCGUUACACUGUAAACAGAGACACUGUCACUAUCAGAGGACUGAAUGAGUCUGAUCAGGAUCAGUACUGGUGUAGAGGACAGAGAGAUGAAAGACCAAAAUCAUCACAGGAGAGUGAACGAAUAAAUCUGUCUGUUAAUGCAGCUUCAUCUUCUCUUCUGGUCGCUGGUGUGGUUGUGGGAUUGAGUGUUUGCCUGUUGUUCUUCCUCUCACUGCUGCUGAUGUGGAGAUACAAGAAGAACAAAGAUCAGCAGCGUAACAUUAACCAGACAUCAGUCCCAAAUCAACCUGCACAAUCUCAACUGGAAAACUAUCCUCUACAGUCUGGUCAGCCUCAAUAACUAAUUAUUUAAAGGGAUAGUUCACACAUAAAAAUGAAUUAUUAACCUAAACCUAAACCUUUAUCUGUG